AGCUGGUGAAGCUCUUGUGACUGAUGCGAACUGAACAAUCACGAAUACUUCACGUCACCUGCGAAGGUCAGAAGAGUCUGACUUUGGAAGCAGGCCCAUGACUUAAUGACGCUGCUGAUCGUGGUUCGAGUCCCAACGCCAAGAGAAGCGAGAUCGCGAGGUCAGGAAGUCGAGCCGCCUUGCAACUCUUCUUCCAUACCUGCAGACACCGAACCUUGACAGAUCCCGACCAAGCGUCAUCCCCCCUCACCAUCAUUGCCAGCGCUGCGACGCAACGCAAAGCUCGAUUCUAGCCUAGGGAAAGCUCUCUUCACUGUCGCGUACGCAGAGGCUGAUCCGCCUUGCACACUGCCUCUUCAGCACAUCGACGUUGGGUAACGGGUGCUAGGCUCGGAACGAACACAGGCUUAGUCUCAGGCCUGCUCAAGUCAUGGUCAGCGCUCCUCGAAUUUUGAUUGUGCUCGCAUACCCGGCCUCAAAGAUCGACCAUGUCCAGCCCAGCGACGGCCUGGGAAUCCCCUGCAGCUUCUGCCUCUGCCGACGUGAGGGACUCUCCAGCUGCUGGCAGCCCUGCUGGGAGACACCGCACCACGUCAUCUUUUGGCAGAGCAUCCACUGACGCUUCACGACCUGCAAACCGUACGCGUCGAUCGCUGGCUAGACAACCGCAUCUCCUCGGUCUUGCGUUGGAUGUGGAUGUCGAGCUAGCAACACGCUCCGUCUCGCAGAAUGCUGUGCCCUUCAACGGGACACCGCCCGUCUCUGCUGCAGAUGGAGCGCAUUCAACCCACCCGACGCCGCAGACCAGGUCCGCUACAGGCAGCGCAACGCAGCAAGACGGCCGAGAAGGCCGAAGGAGGCAAGAGCUGGCUCGUCUGCAGGGCGAUAGGCAAGGAAGUAAGGUCGGUCUCGAGACCCUCGAGGAUGCCGAGUCGUUUGAGGACUCGGACGACCUGCCGGGUUACAGCGCACUUGCUCGUGCAGCAGCGUCACCGCCUGCAUCGGCUGCUCGUUCAAAGGCGCGCGGAGAAGGUGAAUCAGUGCCGUUCCUAUCUCGGGGCGACGAGGAUGAAGAGGAGCAAGACGAGCUGGACUUGGAAGCACAACGGUAUGAUCCUUGUCGAUCCGAUCCCACGCACGAGCAUGGAGCUGGACCUGCGCCGGUCCUCGACUUUGAGCACACGACGGCCAAGGAGAGGGUUUGGAUGUGGAGCGCUUGCUUCCUAGUUGCUUGUCUCACUAUCGUCGCUGUGGCAAUCAGCAUCGACUGGAUCGAUUGGCCUGGCGACGGCAUCGGGGAGGCGUGACCACUGCUCCGGACAUGUCAGAGUGCGCACCUCGCGAGCAAAUCACAGCACAGAAUUUCACUUUUUGCCCAGCUACUCAAUUGUCACGCGGUAUUCUCUGCACUUCAAUCACGAACACUAUAUCUUGCCGCACGGUUAGAUACCCACUCGGUCAGGCCGCAUGACGCUCGGCACUCCGCGGUCGGCCCACGU